GAAAUCGCUGACGAACUAGCCAGCCAGCUAUCUCUCUGCCUGGGAGCGAGAAGAAGAGACAGAUUGUGUGAAAAAAGAAAAAGAAAAGGAGAAACGCUAAAUAAGAAAGAAAGGAUAUUAAAAAAAAAAGCGGAACGAGGGAGAAGUAGAGUGGAUUGUGUGGUGUGAUUUCGUGGUGGUAUCACCGUUUUUCGCGUUUUCUUUUUGUGUUCCUUUCGCCAUGACGUUGAUCUGAAAUUGUGUUUAAAAAUAAUAAUCCCGAUGUUGGUCGUAGGACUGUACAAAUGUAGUUUUCAUGCUUUUAACAAGGAGAAAAUCCGGGGAAGCAAUUCGUGGAUACCGAAGAAAGCUUCAAACGUGUUUGAAGCUUUCGAGGUCGUAUUCAUGGAACUAUGAACCUGGACUCGUUGUCUUUUACUUUGUCACAAAUCAGUUAUUUGGUUGCAAAUUUGAACAAGAAAAAUUUUCGAGAAAGCGCUCAGGAAAUAUCAGUUUUGGUGCAGUGGAAGGGUCUGGAGGCGGACAGACACUUGCUGCGCUGUUUGUUCUCACAUGUCAACUUUUCAACGGGAGAGCAGCCAGAGCCCAACGCAAAAGAUUAUUAUCAAGCUCAGUUGCUCACCCAAGAGUGCAUUAAUCUUCUCAGCAAGCCGUCCUUCAUAUCAAACCUCUGUUACGCCAUUGAUCGCCCCUUACAUCAACAAAAAAGCUUAAAUCCAUCAUCAAAAUUUUUUCUCAAUCUUCGCAAGGUUCUGAAAUUGACAUCUGUACAAGAAGUUGCCUUCGCGAUAGCGUUGUUGCAUUCUGAAAAUCCAGAUAUCCAGACGUUAGCAUUGGAACACAUUAAAAAACAGCUACCUGAAUUGAUAAAGAAUUACAUAAACUCGGAAAUAAGCAAUAAACACCACGAAGGAGGUCUUCACGAUUCGUCACCUGAGGUUCUACAUCUCAUACUGUCGCAGGCAUUUCACGAACCCAACCAGUUUGGCCUGCCUAUCGAAGCAAAGGAAAAAUUUCUCAAGAAUUUAAGGCGUGAUUUUCCCCGUGAGCUGGUACCGGUGGUGCUAGCACCACUCUUGUAUCCAGGCGACGGGGAAAUUCCGCAAGCAGCAAUUGAAUUAAACAUGGCUUCCAAUCCAAUGGGAUUUCCCUUUCAGGAUGGAAAUGCUUUGGUCGAGAUGAUUAUGGAACUCGGAUAUGGGUUCACCAGUAGCGUUGACGAAUGCCGCUCCGCCCUUGCUGGACUGGGGGCCCGAGAAAUUACACCAACCGCAGCUGCUCGGGUGUUAUCCCUCAUGGCUCGUACAUGUUCCGGUCUUGAUGAUGCUGGUGGUUUACAGUCAUUCUGGGGAGGUUCCAGUGGCAAUCAAGAUUCCAGUAAAGAGAAAUCUUCUGACGGCAGUACACCUACUACAUGGAACGUCGAAGUGUUCAUUCAGACUCUGAAAGAUCUUCAAUCUACUUUAUCAUGGAAUGAGAUCAUAGUUAAACUUGACCACACUGAUUUUAUAAUCAAGGACAGACAAGGCUUGAACCUGCUAAUAACAGGCCUGCGUCUAGGUCUUCAGCAUCUAGGAUAUCCUCUGGAUAUGUUCCCUGUUGAGUUAUUUUACCGACAUUGGGAUAAUGUAGAAGGUCAAUUCUCAUUGGUACAGCAAGUUCUGAAAAAUCCGGACAUAUUUUGUUUUGCUGAUUACCCGUACCAUUCGGUAACAGUUGAUGUUCUCAAAGCUGCACCAGAAGGCGACAGCAAGGAAGCCGGAACCUGGCGAUCACUGAAUGUAGUCGAACUUCUGCUUCACAUGGCUGAACGAGGUUUAUACGGCGCAGUUCAGGAAAUAUUCAAAUGGCCUAUUCAACAUUGUCCGGACGUUCUCGUCCUGGCCCUACUUCAGAUCAAUCCCCCACUCACGAUACUCCGGCAGGAAUUGCUCAGCACUUUGAUGCCGAUUUUCCUUGGCAAUCAUCCGAAUUCCGCUGUUAUUUUACACCAUGCUUGGCACGCCAACAAUGUUACAAUCAAGCCGAUAAUAAUGCAUGCCAUGGCCGAGUGGUAUUUGCGUGGGGAAUAUGACCAAACAAGGCUAUCGCGAAUCCUAGAUGUGGCUCAGGAUUUGAAGGCUCUUUCGAUGCUUCUGAACGCCCAAUCUUUUCCUUUUGUUAUCGAUCUGGCCUGUCUAGCCUCACGAAGAGAAUAUUUGAAACUGGAAAAGUGGCUUACAGAUAAGAUUAGAGAUCACGGAGAAUUGUUUGUUGCUGCUUGCGUAAAAUUCCUACAACGAAGAUGUCCGCACGUUAUGGGGCCCACUAUGAAAGAAGACCCUUCAACUCCGAAGGCUACUCAACUUCCUCAGGAAACACUCAAUACCAUUCUUGCUUGCCUGCAAGUCUGCGCUGGAAAUGUGUCUCAAGAGUGUUCCGAUGCGAUUAUGACAAUGGUUCAGAACUGCAAUCUAAUGCUUAGUAAAGCAAGCCUAAGCAGACCACCUCCUGUCAUUAGACAUAGAGCGCUUGAACCGUUCAAUCCUGCUACUUUAGGAGGACAGCUCUUUUCGUCAUCGCAAGUUGAUCCAUUGGGAAAUCUCAGCUCAAGUUUAGCUUCUAUGGGCUUGAGCUCUAGUUUGGGACCUCCUAGCAGUUCUGCUUUUAAUCUUCCUGGGGCCCUUGGUCCUUUGGUUUCUGCACCUGGUUCACCCUCACGCUUAAUGGGUCCAUCACCGAGCCCAUUCCCUUUGAUGCCGCUUUCCGCCCAGCUUCACGCAGGGCCCGUUGGAACGCAAGGACCAUCAGUUGUACCAGGUGGUACAACGAUAGCAGGAUUAAGCCGUCUUGGUCCACCAAGUGGUAUUGAAAAGGCUAGAUUGCCAGAGACUUCGAAUUUGUUUCCUGAUAUGUCGCAGAAUGUAUCUAAAGAAAUUGAAGACGAAGCGAACAGCUAUUUUCAACGCAUAUACAAUCACCCUCCACAUCCCACAUUGUCGAUUGACGAAGUACUUGAAAUGUUGAAAAAAUUUCAAGAUUCCGGUAGCAAAAGAGAGCGUGAUGUGUUCAACUGCAUGUUGCGCAAUUUGUUUGAAGAGUACCGUUUCUUUCCGCAAUAUCCUGAUAAGGAAUUGCAUAUAACAGCUCAAUUGUUUGGAGGUAUUAUUGAGAGAGGGCUUGUUAACACUUAUGUUGCCUUGGGAUUGGCGUUACGCUGUGUUCUUGACGCUUUGAGAAAACCGGAGGCUAGUAAAAUGUAUUAUUUUGGAAUCGCUGCAUUGGACCGCUUCAAAAGUCGGUUAAAGGAAUAUCAAAAGUAUUGCGAACAUGUCAGGGCUAUCCAACACUUCAGUGAAUUCCCACCACAUCUUAUCGAGUAUGUCGAAUAUGGCCUCCAGGGACAAGAACCUCCCACCAGACCUCAGGGUCAAGUACUUCCAAAGUCAAUAGCUGCCAUGCUAGCACCAGCUACUAUUCCUUACAAAACUAUCACUACAACGACUGUUACAACAACUACUACCCAAGCCAAACCAUCUACAACUCCCACUACGUCGCUCUCUGCCAGGCCAUCAAUUGCAAAUGCGACCAACAUAGACACAUUGCUUGUUGCCACGGAUAAGGAGGAGAAGAUUACAGCACCACCGGAAAGUUUGCAAGAUAAAACUGCAUUUAUAUUCAAUAAUUUGAGUCAGCUUAAUCUGCAACAGAAAUGCGAUGAAAUUCGAGAGAUAGUUACCGAAGAGUACUGGCCAUGGAUGGCUCAGUAUUUAGUUAUGAAACGUGCUAGCAUUGAAUUGAAUUUCCAUGCCCUUUAUUCCAACUUUCUUGACUGUCUUAAAGUACCCGAUGUGAAUAAAAUGGUCACCAGAGAAACUUUCCGAAACAUCAAGGUACUGCUACGAAGCGACAAAGGAAUAGCAAACUUUUCUGACCGCUCUCUAUUGAAGAACUUGGGUCAUUGGCUGGGAAUGCUGACAUUAGGAAGAAACAAUCCAAUUUUCCAUAUUGAUAUAGAUUUGAAAAGCUUACUUGUCGAGGCGUAUCACAAAGGUCAACAAGAACUCUUGUAUGUUGUGCCAUUCGUAGCUAAAGUAUUGGAAAGCUGUGCAAAAAGCCGUGUCUUUCGUCCUCCCAAUCCCUGGACUAUGGCAAUAAUGAAUGUUUUGGCUGAGUUACAUCAGGAACCUGAUCUAAAACUGAAUCUGAAAUUUGAAAUUGAGGUGCUCUGCAAGAACCUGAGUAUCGACGUAUCCGAAUUGAAACCAGCCAUCUAUUUGAAAGAUCCCGAAAAAUUGAGAAACUUGGAAUACCAAUUAUCACACCCGAAUAAGAAACCAGAAGUCGCUGCAAAUCCGCUCCCACCACAGCCUCCUGCUGAGGAACUUGUCAGGCCAACAACAACUGGAACUGUAGUCCCACAACAGGCACCUCCUGUAAAUACAACACCUUCAUUGCCGACUAGUCCACCCGAACCACGAUUCAAUUACAUGGAUAUAUCAGUGACUGGUAUUGCUUCACAGCACAUCACUAUCAACAACCAGCUGCCACUUUUCCAAGCACACCCACAACUCAAACAAUUUGUGCGUUCCGCUGUUGAACGAGCUAUUCAAGAGUGGAUUCACCCUGUCGUAGAUAGAUCAAUAAAAAUAGCAUUGACAACUAGUGAACAAAUUGUCAGAAAAGAUUUUGCACUCGACCCCGAAGAGAUCAGGAUGCGUACUGCUGCUCGUCAUAUGGUGCGCAAUCUCACUGCCGGAAUGGCCAUGAUAACGUGCCGAGAACAGGUACUCACUUCAAUCAGCACAAACCUGAAGCAAUCAUUUGUAGCUGCACUGAUGGGAACUACUCCACAACAAAAGGAGCUAGCUGAACAAGCGGCGAGUAUAGUGGCUGCUGAUAACAUGGAACUUGCGUGCGCAUUUGUACAGAAAACAGCGAUUGAAAAAGCUAUUCCUGAGAUGGAUAAGAGACUACUAAAUGAGAUAGAACUACGUAAGAUUGCUAGACAAGAAGGAAGGAGGUACUGUGAUCCCUUAGCUAAAUAUCAGGCAGAGAGAAUGCCUGAACAAAUAAGACUUAAAGUCGGAGGAGUUACUCCACAACAAAUGGCUGUUUAUGAGGAAUUCGCAAGGAACAUUCCAGGGUUUCUACCUCUUUCCGAACGUGACACUCAAGCUCUCUUUAUGCCUAAGCCGGUCACUGAACCUGCUGCUACAGCAUUCGCGGCAAAUCCGGCAGUUGCAGUUGCUACACCUCAGCAAGUCGCAGCAUAUGCAGCUGCUGUUAACAAUGACGAAGUUGGUGCCAUGUUAGAAAAACUUGCCACAGAGGUAGAUCUACUUUUGGCAGCUAUGGGUCCAGGUGUUCCGCCACCACAACACGCUGCGCUACAUGCACUUCUCGAUUCUAUCAUCCUUACCAGAAGAUCCAGGGACACUGGUGCUGCUAUGGCGCUAUUGAAAAAGGCUGUAGAAGGAUUGCUAGAUGGUCCCACCAUUUCAACUGGUGUUAAUGACGGAGAAAUAAUGCUGCGAUACAGGGAAUUACAUCUUCGUAUCCUUAAGUGCCUUCAAGAUCCACGAGCUUAUGGCAUGCAGUGGACAAACAAACAUGUAACUCGAUGUUUAACGGAAUGCAGAGAAGAGUUCCGUUACAAUUUUGAAGCUGUCGAUUACUUGAUAAGAUCUCACUUGUUGAACCUACCGCAAUUUGAUUACGCUCUGGCUCAGGCAAUGGAUGCUGGUGCUGCCAUGGCUACUGCUUUUGCUAUGCAACUAGUGCAGCUCUAUCUAAUCGAUGAGAGACAAACUACUCAUGUUACGGAAUCUGACUUAUUCAAUACAAUUGAAAUUCUAGCUAGAAUGGCACAUCAUCGAGCACCACCUGAAGGGAUUUCAAUAUUCAGGCUUACGAGUUUGAUAGAAUCAUUACGGGCUAAUCAUGACCCAGCUGUACUGGCAGACAGAGCCCCAGCUGGACCAACUGCUCAUAUUCACUCGGGGAUUCUCCAGGUGAGAACUCGGGAUUUCGACGAUCCUCCUGGACUGAUGGAAAAGACCGAAUACUUGUUACGUGAAUGGGUAUCCAUGCACCACAAUCCAACGCACGCCCGUGAUCCAACAAAAGCAUUCGGAAUGUUUGUCCACCAGAUGAAUAUUCACGGAAUAUUAAAAACUGACGAUCUCAUAACACGAUUCUUCAAGCUCAGUACACAAAUGUGCGUUGAUCUCUGCUACAGAGCACUGGGUGAACCAAAUGCUGCUCCUUCUGUGGUGCGUGCGAAGUGCUUCCAUACAUUGGAUGCCUUUGUUCGUCUUGUUGCGCUUUUGGUAAAGCAUUCAGGGGACACUGCAAAUACGCACACUAAAAUCAACCUCCUGAACAAGGUUCUGGGCAUUGUCGCUGGUGUUCUUCUGCAAGAUCAUGAAAUGCGCGGAACGGACUUUCAACAGCUACCUUAUCAUCGAAUAUUUGUUAUGUUGUUCCUUGAGCUGUGUGCUCCCGAACCUGUACUUGAGGCCGUUAAUUACCAAGUACUGACCGCCUUCUGCCACACCCUGCACAUAUUACGUCCAGCAAAGGCCUCGGGCUUUUGUUACGCUUGGUUGGAGCUGGUUUCGCACCGAGUAUUUAUUGGUCGUAUGCUCGCUAUUACUCCACAACAAAAAUGCUGGGGCAUGUACGCUCAGUUGCUCAUUGAUCUCUUCAAGUAUCUUGCACCAUAUCUGCGCAAUGCUGAGCUAGCAAAGCCAGUAACUCUCUUAUACAAGGGGACGCUGCGAGUACUGUUGGUUUUAUUACACGACUUCCCAGAAUUUUUAUGCGACUAUCAUUACGGAUUCUGCGAUGUGAUACCCCCAAAUUGUAUUCAAAUGAGAAACCUCAUUCUCAGUGCUUUCCCAAGAAAUAUGCGCCUCCCCGAUCCUUUUACCCCGAAUUUGAAAGUCGACAUGCUGCAAGAAAUCGCCCAUGCACCAAGAGUUCUAUCGAACUUUGCCUCUAUGAUACAACCGCUUAGUUUCAAGAAAGAAUUGGAUUCAUACUUGAAAGCCAGAGCCCCUGUUACUUUCCUUUCAGAACUUCGCAGUAACUUGCAGGUUUCACAGGAGGCUGGAAUGCGCUACAAUAUACAAUUGAUGAACGCCCUUGUUCUGUAUGUCGGGACACAGGCUAUAGCAUUCAUUCGUAGCAAAGGACAUACUCCCAACAUGUCGACAAUUGCUCAUGCCGCACACAUGGAUAUAUUCCAAAAUCUAGCUGUUGAUCUCGAUACAGAAGGGCGUUACUUAUUCCUAAAUGCAAUUGCAAAUCAGUUGCGAUAUCCCAACAGUCAUACGCAUUACUUCAGUUGUACCUUGUUGUACCUAUUCGCUGAAGCUAACACUGAAGCUAUUCAAGAACAAAUAACACGAGUCCUUCUUGAAAGGCUGAUUGUCAACAGACCACAUCCCUGGGGACUUCUCAUUACCUUUAUUGAACUCAUUAAAAAUCCUACCUACAACUUCUGGAAGCAUGAGUUUGUCCACUGUGCACCGGAAAUCGAAAAAUUAUUCGAAUCAGUGGCUCGAUCGUGUAUGGUACAGAAACAGGUCCAGCCACCUCCAGAACCGGAGAUCCCAGAGUGAUAAAACGUUUUAUACUUGAAAAUAUCGAUUUGUGUACAGUAAAUUGGUAAAUAAGAAUCGCGUGUAAAAAGUUGUUGAUCUACGAAUAGAUGUACUGUAAUAAUAACUUGGGCUUAACGUAUUAAUGAUUUUCUUGGUGAAGAAUGAAAAAUAAUCUUAUAGUGACUGUAAUAAUAACAAUAAUAAUAACAACAAUAAUAAUAAUUAAAAAAUAGUGUAAGUGAAGUAACAAGUAAUUAAAAUGUCAAUAUUUUAAUAAACUCUAUCUUGCAUCGGUGAAGAUGCAACGAACAAUUCAGCUAUAGAAAAAACUUUUUUUUGAAUAAUUGAUGAAAAGAAGACUUGGUUGAUAUCAGUUGCAUUAUAAAUAUUAAAUAGUACAAUGCAGCGCAUAAUCAUGCAAUUGAAAAUAGCUGAAAUGUGUAAUAAUGGUGUUCAGUAGUAUAUAAUAUAAGGAGUUUUUUUCAUUAGCACAUAAUGGACCGACCAAUGAACUGAAAAAGUUUCAAACUAAAUGGUGCAAAGUUAUAUGUUUAUGUAAGUGAAAAAUAAAUUUGUACCAUACCUAUAUCAGAAGUACAUUGGUGGCCAAUGAGGGUUUCAGUUGACUAAUGUUUGCUAAAUAUAGAUAUGUACAUGUAUAUCAAUCACUCUGACGAGUGGUGUAUGCAAUUAUGGUACCACGCAAUUUUAAUAUAAUUUCGUCUUUGAAACAAGUUCAAACUCAUGAAAUAAACAUUCUUUUCGUUUUGUAUACUAAAACCUAUCCAAUUGCCAGAAUUUUUGUGCAUGCAUUUCUAUAUUCGGAUGAAGGUUCUGAAGAUUUAUGUAACUGUUUAUGAGAAUAUAAUAGAAUUAAAUUACUUUCUGAAUAACGCCAAAGCACACUUUUAUCAAAUACUCUCCCAGACGCCGUUGUAGUAGCAUACUAUACGGUUUUAAAACGACAAUAAGUGUUAUAUAAUCUAAAGACCAAUAACGUAAAACCCCCGGAUAAAAUAAUUUAUAAAUAUUAAAUAAUUUAUUCACAUGAAAUAUAUACAUUAUUUGUACAACUUGUAACAAAUAUUAAUUGAAUACGUUAUGUGCUUUGUAAAUCACGGGUAGCGUGAUAUGAGUCUCUCUCUGUGUCUGGGAACUUGGUUGGUAGAUUGGGACUGUGGAGGUGACAUUUUGCAUGAAAUUUGAUACCUGAGAUAUCAAUUUCAUAGUCCCCAGAUAAAACAUAUUCAUUUGACACAUCUUGAGUUUUUCCGUUCUCGUCUAAAUUUUGUACAAAACCAAGACAAACCUGAAACACAUUAUAGUUUGAUUGAUCAAUGAAUCGGGUUUUCAAUUAUGAUUCAAGAAAAUUUUAUUCAUUUUCCAUUAUCAUCAGAAAAGUGACAUACUUGUUUCUUGAACGUAAAACCGUAACCAGUUGUUGUAGUCAUGCCACAAUAUUUUCCAUCUCGGUAAAUAGGCUCCCCACCCCAACACCAGGGAUCAAUAUCAGGGUCAUGAUCAGUAACUAAUAAUUGAACAUACUUGCGACGGACGCCGUCUUCUCUUUGUUUCAAUAAAGCAUCUCGACCAAUGAAGUCUACGCUUUUCUAUAAAAUUGGUUUCAAACAUUUUUGUAAUCAAAUUAUUAUCAUGUUGGAUAUGCAAUAACGUUUGUUUCGAUUAGGCUUACAUCGAAUUUCACACGCCAGGCUCUACCACAUUCCAAUGGUGUAGUAAACGUGUCCAAAUCUUGACCCCAAAAAGCAUAAAACUUUUCAACACGAAGAGCCCUCGUAGCAUAAUAACCAGCGUGCAUUAUCCCGUAUUUCUCUCCUGCUUCUAUCAGCCUGGUAUAGACAUGUAAAGCAAACUGCGACACACGGAAAAGUUAUUACUUACAUAAAUGGUUCAAUUAUAUGAACAUGUUGAUGAUUUUCGAGCUAUCAUUCACAGAAAAUAAUUAUAGUGAUGAUGAACAAGAAUAGCUACAGGUUUGGCUGAAAAAUGUUUCAGGACCUAUUGGAUAACGUGGGGACAUCAGAAAGGAGAAUUUCCAUUUCGCUUUUGAUGGACAAACAAACUAGGAUAGUAUUGAAUCAAUGUCCUGCUAUUAGCUGUACAAAUUUUAAGUAAGAGUAGCGGAACGCUACUGCUGAUUUUACACGUACCUCAUUUGGUAUAUACAGGACAUACCCGAGCUCUCCCGUGUGUGUGAGGUUCAUCGCUCUUAUACCAUUGGCUAAGCCGACGUCGAGUUCCUAAACAGCAUCAAUAGUUAUGCAAUAGUUUCUAAUUCACUGUCUAUUAUCACUUCUAGAAAUUCCAAAAGUAAUAAACUUUGUAACCUCAGGUAUAAUACCUUGAAAGUGAAAAAGGGAAAGUUCUUUGCAUUUAGAUCUGUAUCUGUAAGUUCAGACAGCAAUUCUCGAGUGGCAGGACCCAUAAUACAAAUAGCUGUGUAAGCUGAGGUGACAUCUGAUACCGCUACUGAUCCGUCAGAAGGUAAAUGACGUCGAAUCCAGUUUUUGCAACGAGUUUGUUGUAUUGUUGGGGCAAUCAUCAUAUAGCUGGAUAUAAUUACCAAGAUACAUUUUUUGUAGACAUAAUAUGCUGUAUGAAUGAUGCUGCCAACUGGUACGUCAACGUCAUUCGAACACAAAUACUGAAGCAAGUCCACAACUUCUGUACCAUUCGACUAUGAGAAUCAAUAAUAAUUGAGAAUUUAGACUAAAUGGAAGUGUGUAAAACUUGAGAAAAAAAUAUAUAUUUAUACCCAUAAAUCGAUUUUCGUAAAAGACGAGUAGUCACUCAGCCCAACUGUUUCACGACAAGCUGCAUACUCGUUUGCAACAUAAUCAAACCAGGGCGGCUUACCAAAUGUGUUCGUGUAUGCAAUUUUGUAUUUCCGCGAUCCAUCAAUCGGGUCUAUGUCUAAAUGGAAUUCAAAUACCAGAUUUCUGCCAGUUUGAAACUCGUGUUGGGGAUAUUGCAAUGCAUAAUGCAUACCAGGAACUUCUUUUAC